UUAUAUAAAGGAGGAUAGGAUGUUGCAGUUCCCCACUUAAACAUAGCUAGGUAAAGAGUAAGAGGGUACAAAGGAAGAGAAGAUAUCAAGUAGCUCCUAUCCUAUAAUUGAUUGUGAGGAUUUGAUGGAAGAACAUCUCACUCCAUUGGCUGUUACCCAUCUCCUUCAACACACUCUCAGAAGUUUGUGCAUCCAUGAAAAUUCUCAGUGGGUCUAUGCAGUCUUCUGGAGGAUCUUGCCUAGAAACUACCCUCCACCCAAGUGGGAAGGACAAGGGGCUUAUGAUAGAUCAAGAGGAAACAGAAGGAAUUGGAUAUUGGUCUGGGAAGAUGGGUUCUGCAAUUUUGCUGCCUCAGCAGCACCUGAAGUUAACUCUGGUGAUUGUCCUACCUCAUCUGUUUAUGGGAACUGUGAGUUCCAGCCCUACCAAGGUCUGCAACCUGAGCUCUUCUUCAAGAUGUCUCAUGAGAUCUAUAACUAUGGUGAAGGUUUGAUAGGAAAAGUGGCUGCAGAUCACAGUCACAAGUGGAUAUAUAAAGAACCUAAUGAUCAAGAAAUCAACUUCUUGUCAGCAUGGCACAAUUCAGCAGACUCACACCCUAGGACAUGGGAAGCACAGUUCUUGUCUGGUAUAAAGACCAUAGCCCUCAUUGCUGUUAGAGAGGGUGUUGUUCAAUUAGGAGCCGUACACAAGGUGAUUGAAGACUUGAGCUAUGUGGUUCUAUUGAGGAAAAAGUUCAGCUACAUUGAGAGCAUCCCAGGGGUGCUGUUACCACACCCUUCAUCUUCUGCAUACCCUUACAAGGUAGAAGGGUAUGGACCACCAGAACAGUGGCAUUUCCAAGGAAAUCUUGCUCCACCAGCUGAGUUAUACAAUGAGCAUUACAACCUUCCACUGAAGAUAACACCCUCCAUGAGCAGCCUUGAGGCACUGCUCUCUAAACUCCCCUCGGUCGUCCCGCCUCAUCUACCACCACCAACACAACCACCACAGUCACAUGUUCUGCCAUCACAACAAAGGCCAUUGGAAUUCAUGGGAAUGCAGAAAGUGGCGAAGGAAGAGUUAGAUGAGGAGGAGGUGUAUAGGCCUGAACUUGAAAUAGGUGAGAGCAGCAGUUCCAUGCCUGCAGGGUACCACCACCACCACCAUCAACAUCAACAACAACACCAUUUCCAUCAGCAACAAGAUCAGAAUGUUAGUGGCAACAACAAUAAUGGGUUUUGAGUUUUAUCAAUUAGAUGUUUUAAUUUUAAAAUGAAGUGGAGUUGAUGAAAAUUAAUCCUAAUUGAGUUAAGUCCUAGCUAACAUAUUGUAGUCAUGAGCUGUUAGUUAAUUUCAGUAGUCUUAUGAUAAAUAAUAGUUAACUAGUGCAUUUUCAGCUUAGUGCUUGUGAUGUUGAUUCUUAAAUUUUUCUAGUGUGUAUUGUAGUAUCAAAUGAACUUCCAUUUCAUGCAUGCGUGUAUAUACACAUAUCUGCAGCUUCUCUAAA